GGGAGCUGACCGCUGCUGCUGACCCCCAAGUUGACUUCUCAGAGAGCCGCUACAUUCCUGGUUAAUGAGCCAACCAGCAGAGUCCCACCCUGGGAAUGGACACCGUCUUCCACCUCUGGAGGAACAUCAUCAGUAGUGGACUCACCGCACCACGAAGCUGCUAAGGACGUCUCCUGGACGCACUAGGCAAGCGGGGAAGGCGGCAUCCGAGGGCCGCAGAGCCAUGCCUUUCGGUCUGAAGCUCCGCCGGACGCGGCGCUACAACGUGCUCAGCAAGAACUGCUUUGUCACCCGAAUCCGCCUGUUGGACAGCAAUGUGAUCGAGUGCACGCUGUCAGUGGAAAGCACCGGCCAGGAGUGCCUGGAGGCUGUGGCUCAGAGGCUGGAGCUGCGGGAGACGCACUACUUUGGCCUUUGGUUUCUCAGCAAGAGCCAGCAAGCACGAUGGGUGGAGCUGGAGAAGCCUCUGAAGAAACAUCUGGACAAAUUUGCUAAUGAGCCUCUGCUUUUCUUCGGAGUCAUGUUCUAUGUGCCAAAUGUGUCCUGGCUGCAGCAAGAGGCCACAAGAUAUCAGUAUUACCUGCAAGUCAAAAAAGACGUGCUUGAAGGGCGGCUGCGGUGCACAUUGGAGCAGGUGAUUCGGCUAGCCGGCUUAGCUGUGCAAGCUGAUUUUGGAGAUUAUAAUCAGUUUGACUCUCAAGAUUUCCUCAGAGAAUAUGUACUGUUUCCUAUGGACUUGGCCCUGGAAGAGGCUGUUUUGGAGGAGCUGACACAGAAGGUAGCCCAAGAACACAAAGCCCACAGUGGCAUCCUGCCAGCGGAAGCCGAACUUAUGUACAUCAAUGAAGUGGAACGUUUGGAUGGGUUUGGACAGGAAAGCUUCCCUGUGAAGGACAAUCACGGAAACGGCGUGCACCUGGGUAUUUUCUUUAUGGGGAUCUUCGUGAGGAGCCGAAUUGGAAGACAAGCAGUCACAUACAGGUGGAAUGAUAUCGCGAGUAUCACUCACAACAAGUCCACCAUUCUCGUGGAAAUCCCCAACAAAGAAGAGACCAGCCUCUUUCACACGGAUGACAUCGAAAACGCCAAAUACAUUUCACGACUGUUUACGCUACGGCACAAGUUUUACAAACAAAACAAAAUCUGCACCGAACAAUCAAAUUCUCCACCCCCCAUCAGACGCCAGCCCACCUGGAGCCGGUCCUCCCUGCCCAGGCAGCAGCCGUACAUCUUGCCGCCCAUGCACGUCCAGUGUGGCGAGCACUACUUGGAGACCCACACGUCACAAGACAGCAUUUUCCACGGGAACGAAGAAGCCUUGUAUUGCAACUCUCACAAUAGCCUGGACUUGAAUUACCUGAACGGCACCAUCACCAAUGGCAGCGUGUGCAGUGUCCACAGUGUGAACUCCCUCAACUGCUCGCAAAGCUUCAUACAGGCCUCUCCCAUGUCCUCCAACCUCAGCAUCCCGGGGAGUGACAUCAUGCGGGCUGACUACAUCCCCAGCCACCGGCACAGUGCAAUCAUUGUCCCCUCCUACAGGCCCACCCCCGACUACGAUACUGUCAUGCGACAGAAGAAGCGGGGUGUCGUGCACCCAGACAGUCAGAGCCAGUCUCUGCGGAACCUCAACAUCAUUAACACCCACGCCUACAACCAGCCCGAGGAGCUGGUGUACAGCCAGCCCGAGAUGCGGGAGAGACACCCCUACACGGUCCCUUAUGGGCUCCAGGGGGGCUACAGUAACAAACUGGUCAGUCCGUCCGACCACCUAAGUCCAAAGAACCCCAUGGUGCCCAGCAAGCCCGGGGCAAGUGCCAUCUCGCACACAGUGAGCACCCCGGAGCUGGCCAACAUGCAGCUCCAGGGCGGCCAUCCCUACAGUGCAGCGCACAUGCUCAAAAACUAUCUCUUCAGGCCCCCACCCCCGUACCCGCUGCCCCGGCCGGCCACCAGCACGCCAGACCUCGCCAGCCACCGCCACAAGUACGUGAGCGGCAGCAGCCCGGACCUGGUGACGCGUAAGGUGCAGCUCUCGGUGAAGACCUUUCAGGAGGACAGCUCGCCGGUGGUGCACCAGUCUCUGCAGGAGGUCAGCGAGCCCCUCACGGCCUCCAAGCACCACGGCGCCGCCAACAAGCGCCACAGCCUGGAGGUGAUGAACAACAUGGUGCGGGGCAUGGAGGCCAUGACGCUCAAGUCGCUCAACAUCCCCAUGGCCCGCCGCAGCACGCUGCGCGAGCCGGGGCCGCCCGCCGAGCCGCCCGGGAGCCACGAGGUGCCGCCGCUGCCCCAGUAUCACCACCAGAAGACCUUCUCGGACGCUACGAUGCUGAUCCACAGCAGCGAGAGCGAGGAGGAAGAGGAGGCCCCGGCAUCGGUGCUGCCCAUCCCGGUGCUGCACGAGAAGAUGGAGUACAGCGCCCAGCUGCAGGCGGCCCUGGCCCGCAUCCCCAACAAGCCCCCGCCCGAGUACCCGGGCUCGAGGAAGAGCGUCAGCAACGGCGCGCUGAGGCCGGAGCAGGCCGGCCCGGCGGGGGGCGCGGCGCGGGCCCGGGUGCUCCGCCACGGCCCUGGGGCCAAGGCCAGCGCCGCCCGCGCGGACCCCCCGGCCGUGAACGGCGCCACCGCGCUCGGGCCCUCGCUCUCGGAGCCCGACCUGACCAGCGUGAAGGAGCGCGUCAAAAAGGAGCCGGUGAAGGAGCGGCCGGUGUCGGAAAUGUUCUCCCUGGAGGACAGCAUCAUCGAGCGCGAGAUGAUGAUCAGGAAUCUGGAGAAGCAAAAGAUGGCAGGCCUGGAGGCACAGAAGAGGCCCCUGAUGUUGGCAGCGCUCAAUGGACUCUCCGUGGCACGGGUCUCCGGGCGAGACGAGAGUCGGGCUGACGCCACCCGAGUUCACAUAGAUGAGAGGUUCAGAACCCUAAAGAAGAAGCUGGAAGAGGGCAUGGUGUUCACGGAAUAUGAGCAGAUCCCAAAGAAAAAGGCUAAUGGCAUUUUCAGCACAGCAGCUCUCCCAGAAAACGCCGAUCGCAACCGGAUCCGAGAGGUUGUCCCUUAUGAGGAGAAUCGGGUGGAGCUGAUACCAACCAAAGAAAACAACACUGGUUACAUUAACGCCUCCCACAUCAAGGUGGUGGUUGGUGGGGCAGAAUGGCACUACAUCGCCACUCAGGGGCCUCUGCCACAUACGUGCCAUGACUUCUGGCAGAUGGUGUGGGAGCAGGGGGCGAAUGUGAUCGCCAUAGUCACUGCAGAGGAGGAGGGGGGGCGAACCAAGAGCCACCGAUACUGGCCCAAGCUGGGUUCCAAGCACAGCUCAGCCACCUAUGGCAAGUUCAAGGUCACCACAAAGUUCCGGACAGAUUCAGGCUGCUAUGCAACCACAGGCUUGAAGGUCAAGCACCUUUUGUCUGGGCAGGAAAGGACAGUGUGGCAUUUACAGUAUACCGACUGGCCAGAUCAUGGCUGCCCAGAGGACGUCCAAGGAUUCUUGUCCUACCUGGAGGAGAUCCAGUCCGUCCGUCGCCAUACCAACAGCAUGUUGGAAGGCCCGGAGAACCGGCACCCUCCCAUCGUCGUCCACUGCAGCGCGGGGGUGGGCAGGACGGGCGUGGUCAUCCUCUCAGAACUGAUGAUCUACUGCCUGGAGCAUAAUGAAAAAGUGGAAGUGCCCAUGAUGCUGAGGCUCCUCAGGGAGCAAAGGAUGUUUAUGAUCCAGACCAUCGCCCAGUACACGUUUGUCUACCAAGUCCUCCUCCAGUUCCUCCAGAGCUCGCGACUCAUUUAGUUGCUGCCACCCAACACCAGAGGGAACCUCGCACUGUCUCACUGCUGGGUAGGCCCCCCAGACAACCUCUGCUCACCAGCAGGGUGCAGGUGGCUGGCAGCAGGCCGGCCACGGGCUGUCCCUGACAGCGGCCGAGAUCCUUCCCAGACAGACACCUGUAUUAUUUUAUAUGAGAUAAUUUAUUUUCCUCCACCCACCCCCCAUGCCCUUUUGAAUAAUGUCCGUGGGUCAUUGUAAUGCAGCCUUCACAGUGUAUUAAUCUUUCCCUUUGAGCCACGUGGUGACUGAUCUGCAUCGUAACACAGCAGCAGGCAGGCGGCUUUAGGGACCGGGCAGGAGGGCGCAUGUCUCUAGUGAAGUUGCAGCGGGAUUUGUAACCAACCCUGACAUCCACCAGUGGAAUCGUGUAUGUCCAAAUCCAUGAUGGCAAGAAAAAGAAUGCAUCUUGAAAUACUAAAUCAAAACGCAAGGGUCCAAGACCCUUCGCUGAGGAAAACCAGACACUACGUUCUCCCAUUUUCCAGCGUGUGCGCCUCCACGGCUACUCGGCUUCCUCUCUCCUUCCUUUCGGCCCGAGCCUUCCUCCGUCUCUCUGCGUUGCCUCCCAACGUGAGUUGAAGGCAGGAACCGCUCCCUUUCCGCAGAGCACCUAACCUCCGUCUUCCAGGCUAAACGGGCAGCUCUGGCCCUAGCUUUCCCGACCACCCGUCCUCUCGGGCACUUUCAAAGUCUGCAUUUGCCCGCCGGGGGACUAUACCCUGGCCCUCUGCCGCUGCUUCGUGCUCACUCUGUGGGCCAGCCCGGUGGCCGGGAGGCCCUGGGCCAGGCCAUCUGUUCAUUUAGGCCUCCUGCCUGAUUGAGAGGGGAUGAUGGACCCAAGUGGGAAGAGAAAGGCAUCAGGCCUCAGAGCCUUGCUGGUUGUUCUUAUGUAAAUACUGUUUGUGCUGGCCCGCGCCUGAAGGUGGGGGCGCUGGGUGCGUUCUGGGUUUCUGUCCUACACAAAGUCCUUGGAAAGGCUGAAAGGGAGCAGUCAGGGAGCUGAGCGCUGCCGGCUUUCUGGCCGGGAGCCUCCCGAGUUGGAGCCCACUGGGCUGGGGAGCUUCUCCAGGUCCAUCCCCAGGCCUUGGCCCAGGAGAGCAGAACAGGCCCUGCUCACGCCCUCUAGUCCAGACUGGCCCACGCCAAGAACCAGCGGCCUUUGUCUCCCUGGAAGUCCUUGGCCGUGAUGCUCCUCUCCACGUUUCUCUGUGCGACUCCCACUGGGGUCCGAGAUGGGAUGACCUCUGCUCGGUCUCACCAGUCUCUUCUCUUUAAUUCCUUAAGAAUCCUGUUGUACACACUUCCCCCUGGCUGGGAUUCUGAGGGAAGGUUCCUCUCUACAGUCUGGUUUUCCUUGAGCUUCUAUGCAUCAUGGCUUUGUUCUGGACCUCUUCCUGGUAGGACCCCAGGAGGCCUUCCUCCUUGGUUGCCCUUUUCCCCUGAGCUGGAACGAUGCACCAAAGUCCCCAGAAAUGGACCGCAAAGAGCAUGCUUGUGAGACUUCUGUGUCCACACACCAGCAGACAGGAGGGGGGUGGCAUGUGUGCAGGUUCUCAGAGAGCGAUUUUCGAGUAUAAAUCAAUGCUUUCCACUGUCGCGCGCGGAUGACACGGCGCAACACGGACCGAGACAAGAAUG